AUGACCAUGAGCCAGCAAUGUACCCUUGCGGCCAAGGCCAAUGGCAUUCUGGAGUGUAUGAGAAGAGAUGAGAAAAGAAAGCCAAUCAUUCCCAGUUCUGCAGGCAUUCUGACAGCUAAAGUAGACAUUAACAAUUUGCAACACGUGGCAUGGGGGACAAAAGUCUCUGAGCUCUACAACUCGGAGUUUCCUGGCCGAAAUGAAGUUGCAGUUAAAGUCAAUUUGGAUUUUGAUUGGCACAAGAGCUGGCAGUCUCAACACGUUACCCUGUCAGACACAGGUUUUGCUGGGCCCAGAUGCAGAGCCCUGCACAGCCUCAGCCAGGCUGGUCGUGAAGAGGGUCAGGAGGAUGGGCAGGAGGAUCUGCACAACCGAAUCUUUGAGUGUACUAGCUCCUUAAUGUUCUACGAGUGUAGUUUCCUGGAGAAAACAGAGAAGGGACAAUGUGCCAUGAAUAGGGAAGAAGUGAAGGAACCUUUCAAUAGAAACCAGCUGAUGAAAAAACUCUUUUCCGUAGCUGUCCAAAGUUUUACCUGGCGAGAUGAUUAUACACAACAUGUUAUUGGUCAGGAACUCUCAACCAUUCACAAAAUCCACAACAGACGCCCUGAUAUGUUUGCAUCUGAAGGAUCUGACAUGGGAAGGACUUUGGGACAAAAUGUGGAUAAUGAAAGAAAUUACGAUCUGGAAAAUGAUGUGAACUUGGCCAAGUCUCUUCAGCAAUACCUUAAAUAUCUCGGUAUUCUCUCCCAGUCUGCAGCUACAAAUCUGUAUCCAAGGAAGGUGAAUGACAAAGCUUCUGUCAAGAGUUACAUCUAUAAUGAUCCUAUCAGGUACUACAUGAUGCAAAAACCUAAAGAAAAAGCACCUCCAUCCCAUCAAAAGCACGCUGAAAAUCUCCGUGGGAGGACCUUCAACCAGCCUCAGCCAGAGUCAGAAAUGGGGCUUGACCAAAAAACUCUGAUGGCUGCACUGCACACAUACAUCACCCAGAACUUGUCAGCACAAAACAACGAGAAAAGCUCUCACAGCAGGACUAAAGGGUCUCACGUUCAAGCUGAUAGAUUCUACACUUCACAAGUGAGUCCUUUUGAUGGAAUUUUUGCCAAAGGAAAAGCAGAACAUUUUCAAAUGAAGAAGCUGUUCCAGCCAGGACCUGCAUCUGGGGUGCUGGGGCCAACACCUGAGAUGCUGAAUCACAAAUCUGCUUCCCAGGAUGAUCCAAAGGACCCUCUAAGCACAGUGGAUGAGACACUUAUUAAAGAUGUAUUGAAGGACCUGGAGAAACACCAGGUGAAUGUGGAGAAUCUCAGCUCAACAGAGUUGGAUGAGAUCGCUGAUACCAUUGCUGAUGCAAUUCAAACAGCUGGCAUUCAGGAAGAAAUGGAGGAGGGUGCUGGAAAAACUGGUGAAGACAAAACAGAAGCACAAAUGAGAAAAGAAGGUGCUCAAGGAGGGGCAGAGAUUCAGACUGGAUUAUCGGAAAACAGCAACAUAUCAGGCAGUGGAGGGCGUGAAGCCAGUGCAAGAACUGAUAAAGAGGAGAACACUGCAAAACUAAUUAACUUCUUGAAUGAGAAUGCAUUACCUGAAAAUAUGCCUAAAAACCUCAUACCUGAAGAAUCCACUAAGACAGAAACCAAGAAGUCUGAAGACACUGACUCUACUUCCUCAGAAGAAAUAAAUGCUGGUGUGGAAAAUGUAAAAAGUGAGACUUUCUCAAGGGAACUGACAGCUGCAGAGAACAGUGAAUCUGACUCCACAGACCCGAGCAAGACCCGCUUCUGGAUUAAGAAUGCUUUAAUGCAGGAUGGAAACUCCUAUGAAGAGCCUCAUAAAAAUAUGGGACAAGGCUUACAACUUGAAGUGAAAUCUUCUGGGGAGAAAGAAUAUGGCUAUAUUGUGACAGUGAAAGACCCCCUGAGUGUGGAAAAGGGCUUGGAGUUAAUAAAGGAAGUGGCAGAUCUCCUGAAGCUGCAGAUGAGUGCCUUCGAUGAUGUCAA